AGACAACAGAAACAGAAAAUACUGAAAAGAAGAGAGACGAGAAGCCAGGAGGACCCCUCAGCAGCAGUAUAAUUUCCGUGUCCUCAUUUUUGUAUCUUUUCUGGCUGUUCAACAACCUUUUCGCAGUCGUUCUCUUCGGUACUUACUUCAACUCCUGGAUCAACAAGUUCUCGAAAACUGAAGAAGAAGCGGGUUUCUACUCUCGACUGUUCGGCUACGCUAACUUGCUGUGUGCCCUGGUCACUCCUCUCCCAGGCCUCAUGGUCGACUGUAUCUCCUCUGUGCUCAAGCGAGGUAAGAGUGAGGUGAUGGCUCAGGUAGCGUCCGUGCAGGCGAUGAUCGUGCCCAUGUUCAUAGUGAGCACCACCAUCACCUUACAACUGAGCACCCUCCUCUUCCCUUCAUCCGCCGCCGUCUAUGUUGGUCUCAUCUGUCUCAUCAUCAACCGACCGUCUUGUCAAGCUGUCGCAAUUCCUUUCGUCAGAGCCAGGUUUCCAGCGGAGCACUUCAACCGCAUCAUCGGGAUACAGGGGACGGUGAUAGCAGUGUUGACGAUGUUACAGUACCCACACUUCACCUUUGCCCAGUCACAUUACAACCUGGUGAGUCCCUCUCUACCCAGGUGAGUCCCUCUCUACCCUGGUGAGUCCCUCUCUACCUAGGUGAGUCCCCCUCUACCCUGGUGAGUCCCUCUCUACCCUGGUGAGUCAUUCUCUACCCUGAUGAGUCAUUCUCUACCCUGGUGAGUCCCUCUCUACCCUGAUGAGUCAUUCUCUACCCUAAUG